UUCUAAAGCGGAGUGGACCUGCGGACAGUGAGCGUGUUGGCGCGCAGAGGCGUGGGCAUAGGGACGCAGUGAGACCAGAGAUCGGCGCAUUCCCGCGACAGGCACAGCAAAGCUGGGAACAGCAUCACAGUCGCAGAUCUGGCAAAGCGGUACCACGGGAACGUGUCAGUGUGCGCGAGGACGUGUGCCGUCUUACUCCCAUUAACUCCGGACUCCAUGCUACAAAAAAGGACACGGUUGCAGUUCCUUCGUGGAUUCAAAAGUUUAAAACUUAACUAGUUAUCCGCUCCAGGCUCCUGUGUACACGCGUGGUGACUGCGCACGGACAUGGCGCAAAGGUAUGAUGAGCUGACUCAUUACGGAGGCGCGAUGGACGGAGUCCCCGGCUCCAUGUACGGAGACCCGCACGCACCCCGGCCCCUACCGCAGCUCCACCACCUGAGUCACGGGGCUCCCCCACACCCGACACAGCACUACGGAGCCCACGCUCCGCACAACAUCAUGGGCAGCUCCGUCAGCGACGCACUCAAGAGAGACAAGGACCAAAUCUACGGCCACCCUUUAUUCCCUCUGCUGGCUCUGGUGUUCGAAAAGUGCGAGCUGGCGACCUGCACGCCCCGAGAGCCCGGUGUGGCGGGAGGAGACGUCUGCUCCUCAGAUUCCUUCAACGAAGACAUCGCUGUGUUCGCAAAGCAGAUCCGCGCAGAGAAACCUCUGUUCUCGUCUAACCCAGAGCUGGAUAACCUGAUGAUUCAAGCCAUUCAAGUCCUGCGGUUUCAUCUGCUGGAAUUAGAAAAGGUCCAUGAGCUCUGUGAUAACUUCUGCCACCGCUACAUCAGCUGCCUGAAAGGAAAGAUGCCCAUCGAUCUGGUCAUAGAGGAGAGAGACGUCUGCAAGUCGGACUUUGACGACCUUUCAGGAUCCUCCACUAAUCUCGCAGAUCAUAACCCAGCGUCCUGGAGAGACAUGGAUGAUUCCCAUUCCACUCCCUCUGUGGGUACUCCAGGACCAUCCAGUGGGGGACACGUUUCCCAGAGCGGAGACAACACCAGCGAACUUGGUGACGGCCUUGACAACAGCUUGGCAUCACCAGGCACGGGAGAUGAGGAUGACCAAGACAAGAAGAGACAGAAGAAACGAGGCAUCUUCCCCAAAGUGGCGACAAACAUAAUGAGAGCGUGGCUAUUCCAGCACCUUACACACCCAUACCCAUCAGAGGAACAGAAAAAGCAGCUAGCACAGGACACAGGUCUCACCAUUCUUCAAGUGAACAACUGGUUUAUCAAUGCAAGGAGGAGAAUAGUCCAGCCUAUGAUUGACCAGUCGAACAGAGCAGUAAGUCAGGGUACAGCUUACAGUCCAGAUGGCCAGCCAAUGGGAGGCUUUGUUCUUGAUGGGCAGCAGCACAUGAAUCUUCGACCUGGUGGGCCGAUGGGUAGCAUGGGUAUGAAUAUGGGGAUGGAUGGGCAGUGGCACUACAUGUAAAUUCACUCCACUGAGGCAAGCCUGAACAACAGGGUGAAGCCUUCAUGGUUGGCUCAGGGAUCUCCUUCUGGCUGCACAGAUCUGUUGACAAGUCACACUUCUGACCGUACAUCUACCUGACAGUACCACUCCCACAUCCUGCGUGCGCCUGUGGAGGAUCACCACGGAAACGUGUCAUCAACUCAGCCCACAGAUUUUUGAUGUGAGCUGAGGAGCUUUGCGUCUGCACAGGAAAUUAGAAGAGCAAUGACUAUAGAGAGGAAGAACCAAACAUAUCCUCUGUUUCAUUUUAAAUUAUUUAUUUAUUUUUCUACAAAGACAGACUUCUUUGUUUUUCCUGUC